AGUAAUGAUAACAGGUACAGUUGACCUCGUGCUUCACUUUAAAUCCAAACUACUGUUGAAUUCUGUGAGCCGGCCUUAGGUCUGGUGACGACACAUAUUUACAAACGACAUUAUAUUUCUACGGAUGACAGCCUAUCACCAGUUUAGGAAAACGGAAUGUACAUUUUUCUUCCAAUCGGAUUUCAGAUUCAGAAGUCGAAUCAUUUGUUUCACCCGCUGCUUCCUCAAGAUCUAUUUCACAGCGUGGAGAUGAGAUGCUAGUUUUGUGUACACAAUAAUAAGAGGCUUGCGCGUGGGUUAGGUUUCCAACGCGACCUGUAGGAGUCACAUAACUCUGGUCCGGGGCGUUACGUCGGGUUUGUUGACGCAGUGCUAUCAACCCACACGUAACGUCACGGACCAGAGCUACCCGUAGUGCUGAUUAUAAAUCACCUUUUGUCGUAUGACCCAAGUAAGGUAAACCGGUUUCAUACCUGGGCUGCCAUUCAUUCACCGCUGCUGGGGGGUGAAAAAACACUUCCUACUUAUUCACUCAGUGUACACCAUAUCGUCUCCUGACUAGAUAUGGCUCGAACUACAGCCCCUGUGCCCAACGGAAACAUCAAGAUACAACUGAACGGGAAUAACUUCAAAAACGCCAAUUGUAAGAAAAAUGGAUACCACAAUAAGGCGCAGAAAAACAGCACAACACACAGCGCUGGGCCCCCCUCCAGUCGCCAGAGGUUUCAGAGACCAGAAUCCUUUGAGAAUCCUCCCAUGUACGUAGCUGUGAUGACAUACCUGGGGUUCGGCAUCGUCACAGUGUUCGGAUACUUCAGGGACUUCCUCAGAGCAGUAGGACUGGAGAAAUGUCACAUCGCCAGGGAGAGAGAGGAGCAGAAGGAUUUCGUCCCUCUGUACCAAGACUUUGAGAACUUCUACACCCGUAACCUGUACAUGAGAGUAAGAGACAACUGGAACAGACCUAUAUGCAGUCUGCCUGGCCCUGUGUUUGACGUGAUGGAGAGGGUGUCCCCAGACUACAACUGGACAUUCAGUUUAACAGGGAAGACCAUAGACGAUGUCAUCAACAUGGGUUCCUAUAACUACCUGGGUUUCGCUGAGAACAACGGUGAUUUCCUGAAAACUGUGGCAGACAGAACCCAGCAGUAUGGUCUCGGGGUCUGCAGCACUCGACAGGAAAUGGGUGAGCAAACUCAUGCUCUCAGCUCUCCAGAACACAUGCUCUCAGCUCUCCAGAACGCAUGCUCUCAGCUCUCCAGAACAACACAUGCUCUCAGCUCUCCAGAACGCAUGCACUCAGCUCUCCAGAACACAUGCUCUCAGCUCUCCAGAACACAUGCUCUCAGAAUGCAUGCUCUCAGCUCUCCAGAACACAUGCUCUCAGCUCUCCAGAACGCAUGCACUCAGCUCUCCAGAACACAUGCAGCUCCAGAACACAUGCUCCAGAAACACAUGCUCUCAGCUCUCCAGAACACAUGCACUCAGCUCUCCAGAACACAUGCACUCAGCUCUCCAGAACGCAUGCUCUCAGCUCUCCAGAACACAUUAUAUUUUCCUCCUCCCCAGGUGUUGUUUGAUCUGAACGAGUUAGGAGAUGAUUUGUGUCUGAAGUUCUCCCGGAGGAAAUAUUCUCCUCGUCCACAACAACACAACAACAACGACGACACAGACUUUGAGCUGGACAGUUAGCCAAUAGACUGAUAGGAUAACCCCUGAUCUCUGACCUCCCACCUCUGACCUCUGACCUCUGCACUGAGAGACUGUAACGGUGGUUCCAUGCUGACAGGGAAUGGCCAUACGUCCCAAUAAUUUGUCCUUUAUCUCGAAGUGUGCACUUGUGCUCUCCUCUCCACACAUGUUAUAAACAUUGGAUUGGGUGUAAGCAUGGGUUAGACAGUGUCUAGUACCAUUUGUCUUGUACCAGAUCAUAAUGGGAAGUGAACCGGUCGUACGUGGGUAGAUUUUGGGAACAGCAGGUGCCUUCCGUGCCAGUCCAAUACACAGAGAGAGUCGGGUCUCAUCUCUACCAGUCCAAUACACAGAGAGAGUCGGGUCUCAUCUCUACCAGUCCAAUACACCGAGAGAGUGGGGUCUCAUCUCUACCAGUCCAAUACACAGAGAGAGCGGGGUCUCAUCCCUACCAGUCCAAUACACC